AUGGCUCGGUUAUGUGUUCCGUUUACAAGGAAACCACAUGGGAUGGACUGUAUGAAAACUACAAGAGCUUCAAGUCAGCCCAGUACAAGGGUAGUCUUGUCAAGACACUGUUUACUCGAGCCCGUAGAACAUGCAGUGCCGACUGUGUGGGAUCGGAAUUGUUGUUCAUCACACAAACACUGCUGCCCAAUGGAGAUCCGGGAGCAUUUAUUAGAUUCCACGGUCACCCGAAAGAAAGCAAACCAAGAGUAUUUACCUUGCCCAGCAUAUCUGUCUACCUACAGUACGGUGAAGAGAAAUGCGGUGACGACGCAACAUGAGCGACAAGUGAAGACAGCUGUUCUCUGUACAUUCAAAGCCGCGAAACUCUGUCCUAUUAGGACGGCCAAAAAACUUCCCAUCCCACCA